AUGCCACGUUGUUCCUUGUGUGGUGUAAUUGAUGAUGAAUCAACAAUGCUAGGCCUUGACACAGAGGAUAAUUCAAGUCUCGCAUUUAUUUGUCGAGAUCAUCUUAAACCAGAAGUUUUAUCGAAGCCAAAAGUUCUUAUAAAUCCGAAUAUAAGUAUGCUUAUUGAACCAAUUAUUGAAGUAUUUGAGGAGCCAUCAACCAGUAUAAAUUCUGAAGAAACUGUGAAAGACUAUAUUGAUAAACAUAAAACAAGAUUAUUUCGAGAUUCGCCAAAUUAUGGGCUUGGAGAGAAGCUCUCAGAUUGCUUUAUUUGGGAAAUUACUGACCCAGCAAUGAUGAAGAAUUGGUCAAAUAAACAAUUAGUGAAUUGUCUUCUUGAAUCAAAUGUUAUGGUUCGACCAAGUUGUCAAAAAUGUGGAAAUAAAAUGAGAGCAAAAUUCCGGAAAAAUAUUGUUCAAAAUACAUGGCUUUGUAGAAUUAAAGGAAAAGAUUGUUCAAGUUCGAGUAUGAAAUCAAAUAGUAUUUUUACUGCACCGCAUAUUAAUAUUGAAGAUCAAGUUCGAGCUAUUAUUUCGUGGAUUAUUGGAAUAAAACAUAAAGAAAUCAAAGAUAUUCAAUCAUCCGAGAGACAAUUAUCUGAUUUGUAUAAAAAAUUACGCUUCGAAUCUUGGAAGUUAGUUUAUUAAUAACAUACUCCUCAAUGAAAAUAAUAUUCGAAAAUUUCAGAGAAUGGAAAAGUUUGAAAAUUGGUGGAAAAAAGAAAGCAGUCGAGAUCAGAUCAUACAAUUUUCAAGAGCUUGGGUUUCAAAAAUUUGGUUUCGAAGAGGAAUAUUUCGAGACAUAUUUAGUUGUGUUUUUGGAACGCGUAGAAAAUGGAAAAGUUUAUGUGGAGUUUAUGAAUGAAAUCAGUGCUGAAAGUGUAAACGACGUUUUGAAAGUACAUGUAAGUUUUUUUCUUUGCGGUGUACUGUUUUGAAACUCAAUAGUGUGCAAACACCAAACACUCAAUUUUACGGAGAAAAUUAUUUUUUUUGAGAAAAUGGUUUUUAGAAAUUUCGUAGGCCUAAAGCGUAAUAAAACAGCUAAUGCUUCACUAAUCCUUGCAAUUUUCAGAUUCUCCCAGACACAUCUAUAAUUUGUGAUGAAUGGCGUGAUCUCAAUUCGAAAAAAGAGAAAUUAUCAAGUACAGGAAAUGCUGUUAUUCAAAAAGCAGUCGAGUUGUUGAGAAAGAAGAGUAUUUCUGAUGAUGAAGCAGAAGAGGAAGAAGAACAAGAUAUUUCUCUUUAUUCUAGAAAGAAGCGUGCAAAAAUUCAAACAAAGAUGGACUCUUGCGAUGAAGUAUUUGAAUAUUUGACCAAGAAUCUUAUAGAUGUAUGGCCAAAAAUGUCAAAAUUAGAAAGAGAUGGAAUGUUUGCUGAAAGAAUUUGUAAAUUCAAUGGACGAGAAGAUACUUUUAAAUAUUUUUGGAAAUUAUUUGUUGAUCAUCACAAUGCCGGUUUAUCUGAUUUUUGA